ACAAUUUACAGGUUGAAUUCUCAAAAAAGGAAGAAAAAGACUACGCUCAAUGGCAUGAGUUAUAACGAGGCUUCAAACAAUUAUCUCCGAGAUCCAUUGUAGAUUUAUAUCCUUGCGAAAAACUCAUUUUUCCCAGGAGAUCUUGUUUGCCGAAGCCAUAUUUAGCUAAGCAUGCAUGCUUCGUAUAAAUAUAUGGGGUUUCUUUCUUGAAAUAUACGUCGGAGAAUAUUCUUCCAAUUGUUUAGACAUUUUGUAUGUUUUUGUUCAGAUUCUCUGUUGAUAAAAGCUGGUUGGUGGUUAUGUAAACAUGCAUUUUAUAAACAGCACACUGUGAGGAAAAUCCAUUUGGUAAACCUGAUGAAGGAAGAAAGUUUGAAAGAGAGAUAGGUAGUUUAUACUAUUAAUAUGCAACUCAUGAGUGGUUACUCCAUCGUUGAAAAAAGUCGGUAUUCUUGAACUUUACUAUAAGAUGAAAAACGAUCUAAGUAAACGUGAAUCAGUCUUCUACUUGCGUAGAUAUACAUCACAGAAAACGCACCUUAAACAUGACGUAACGCGAUAUUUAAUGACGUCAUCUUACCUCCCUUCAAUAUUCAUCUAUAUUAGACGUCCUCUUCUAGGUACAUGAGUUUGAACCCUACUGGACUUAUACCUCUGCAGAUGUAGGUCAUUGCAGAAAUGCACCUUUGACGCGAUGUCACGUGACAUGUAAUGACGUCACCAUAAUGUGACAUCAAUUUCAUUUCUGGAACAGUGGUAUCCGAAACGCAGGAGAACAAGAAAUCUACCUGGACCGUUUGUUAUUAAAACAUCGUUCUUAUUUGGGGUUCAGGGGUCCUUUUAUUCAUAAUAUCAUUGAAGUUCAUUUUGGUUUUACCCUGAAUAUCAUUAGACAAGUUGGAACAUCCAUUCUAUCACCCAAUGACACUGGAUAUACAUAUCUUGUAAUGUAUUCAGCUAAUAUGCUGUUUACGUGAACGUGAUAUUUGUAAAGUGCCUUGACUGAAUUGGACAUUUGUUCGUGAGCCACAUUUUGUGUGUAUAUUGUCGCAUUCACUGUUACCUGUCAACCUCUUUAUCUAGACUUCAAUAAAAACAACAAACUGAAGUCAACAGAUAAUAGGUAGCACCAAAAAUAAUCCUAUUAACCUUUAAACAUCCUCCAUAACUUGAACGUGAAUUAAGUGGUUGAUCAUAUGUAACUCGCGUUUAUGAGCAGCUGAUACUCCGAUGUGUUUCAAGUUUGCAAAGAAUUCAACUUCGCGGGCAUGUCAAUUGACAAGUGGUUUUAAUUAUUCCGUGAGAUAUAUGAGUUGUUUAUUGGUUUGGUGACCUGAAGCAUGCCUGUCUAAAUUUAAAUAACACAAAUAAGAAGUAUCAUACUUUUCUUCAUGAUGAAAAUGCAGUUUUCUGAGGCGGGACACUUUUUGAAAAUCACCCCUACUCCCAAUUCCGCCACUAGGUGAUUGAUGUAUAUAACCGGGAAUUGUUUCAUUUUCGCCCUCUUAUUAUUCCCAAAUUACCCUCGAAACGCUGCAGUCCGCCUAUGACAUUUUGAUUGCUCGAAAUGUCGAAAAAGAAAAAGAUUGUGAAGUGUUUCUGUUAAUGUAUCAGGGAAAGGGUCUUAUACAACACAAUCGCAAAACAAGAGAAUUAAAUUUCGGUAUGAAAUAGCUAUCAAGUGAAUGGUAAAACAUCUUGGAUCCUGGGAAUAUGAUAACACGUUUGGUCAAGGGGUAUCCUGUUAUUCGUAAGUAUUUUCCGACACAAACUCACAUUUUCAGCAGCUGUUACAUUCCUACAUUGUUACGAAGAACGUCACCAUGGUGACAGUAGUGUACAUUUCAGAGUACGUCAUAGCAACAGUAUUGAAAACGAUGACGAAAAAUGUUUUUACAAAUCGCUGUGGGUUGAUGAAUGUCCUUCAAGAAAACUGAUUAUGCACAGCAACUCUAAAUGGUUGAUUAUUGUCCUCUGGAAAACUACAGGUACAGGAUCGAAACAUCAGAAAUGAUGCAUUAACUGUGCUUGUACAACUUUUCAACACCGACAGUUUUCUACUCCAAUGAGAGAUUACUUGGAGGUCCCCCGCUAAGUGCCACUUGACCCAUGGCUUGUUGAUUUAUAAGACACCUUUUUAUGAUAUAAAAUCAACGUACAUUUCGUGUUACAUUUUAGUGCACAAUGUGAACUGCACGUACCACUUCAAAUUCUUUUCCAAGUGACUCGACCAAAUCAAGCUCGGCAAAUCGUUUUCAGUGUCUGGGCUGGUGAUUUCAGAUUGGCAAAGAGCUUGACUGAUAAUACUCACGUCUUUAGGAUCCAAAUCCAUUUACCCGCCAGUCAAUAUACAAAAUGGAUGGAGUCUUUGGAUCUCGUUCCUACUUUCAAGCAGCAGACUAUAUCGUCUGUGGGGUGAUGCUUCUGGCGUCUGUAGCCAUUGGUGUUUAUUACGGAGUAAAGGGAGGUGGUCAGCGUAACUCUUCUUCAUACGUUCUAGCUGAUCGCAGCAUGACAGUAGCCCCGGUCACACUUUCUCUUACUGCUAGUUUGUUCUCUGGAAUUGCCUUGCAGGGCAUCCCGGCUGAUGCAUACUUCCAUGGCCCAGUGUUCUUUUGGGCGAGCGUUCCUAUUACCUCUAGUGUAAUUCUUUCCUUGGCAUUUUUCAUGCCGAUGUUUUAUAGGCUUGGUAUGGCGUCGUCCUAUGAGUACCUUGAACUUCGUUUCAACUAUGCAGUUAAGAUCUGUGGAGUGUUGUCUUUUCUGCUUUUUGCGGUGCUGUACACUGGUGUGGUCACGUACUUAGCCAGUGUUGCUGCUAACACAGUGACUGGAAUCCGUGUUGAGGUCGCCAUAGUUAGCCUGUGUGUAGUGUGCGGUAUUUACACAGUUAUUGGGGGAAUUAAAGCUGUCUUAUGGACAGACAGCUUACAGAUGCUCCUUAUGCUGACUUCCACCGUAGCAAUCAUCAUUAAAGUGUCCGUUGAAAACGGCUUCGAGAAUAUAUGGACUAUAGCGUCUGAAGGCUCAAGAACAAAUCUUUUGCAUUUUAACGGAGACUUGACUGAUUUCUACAACGGAUGGGCUUUUGUCACUUCCACCACCUUCGCUGGUUUCGUAAUCACUAACCAGUACAUGGUACAGCGACUGGUAGUUUGCAAGUCGGAAGCUGUAGCCCGAGCAUCGUUGAUUUCAUUCUUCGUAAUCACCGUCUUGUACGUGAUCGUUCUGGUGUUUACCGGCAUUUGUAUCUAUGCAUACUAUGACGGAUGUGAUCCUCAUACACUCGGAUACAUCACUAAGAGUGAUCAGAUUGUACCGUUCUUUAUUACUGACGUGUUCAGCAAUCGACCAGGAGUACCGGGUCUACUACUAGCUGGAUUGUUUGGUGCUGCAUUGAGUACCCUGUCUUCGGCUCUCAAUGCAAUUGCCACUCUGGUCGGGGAACAUUUCAUCAAGCCUGCUUUUAAUAAUCUGAAUGAUCUGACCUUCACAGUCAUCCUCAAAAGCAUCGUUGUUGCUGCUUCGGCUUUGGCUCUGGGAAUGUCGUUCCUUAUUCCAGCUAUCGGGGAUGCCAUACCGGUGCUACUGACAGUAACGGCUUGUACAACGGGCUGUCUAUUUGCUAUCUAUUUCCUUGCAGGUUUUUUUCCUUUCUGUGGGUCAAAGGGUGCUUUAUCUGGUUUCGUGGUUGGUUUGAUCGUCGCUUUGACAAUGUCAGUGGGUUGCAUCGUCUACCAAGUCCCUCCCGACAACUUGCCGUUAUCAGCCGACAGGUGUCUGAAUGAGACUGACACUAAUUAUAACGAAACUGUAUCAUCACCAAAGGACGAGAGGUCAUGGUUUAACUCCACUGUAACACCGUCGAUGAUGACAACAAACAGCGAUAGCAGCAGAUCGGAAAUUCCAGUCAUUUUUUCUUUGGCGAAAUCCUGGUUAUCUUGUCUGUCAUUUCUGACAACCAUGGCGGUGGCUUUACUGGUGACACUUGUAACUGGGAAAAAUGACACUUCCAACAUGGAUCCGCGCCUAGUGAUUUGGAAGAUUAAAAACAGCAAAUCAAGCAAACCACAGAGGAGAGUAAGGACUGGAUACAAGGCUGUUCCAGAAAUGGAAUGUGAAAACAUCUGCAACAGUAGUGAAGCUAUUGGUUCAACGCCUGAAGACAAACAACUAAUGGAAAGAAUCACUUCAAUUUAAAUCGUUCCUUUUUUUAAUGCGUUUAUAAUGUGCUAUAUAUGCAUUUCAAAGAAAGUUAUAUAUGAAUGAGGAUCUGUACUCUAUUGACUGGAUACGACAAAAAGUUCAAGUUAACAGUACUUUCAUCCUGUAAGGCUCUUAUUGAAAGGGAGAUGCAGUACAUGUAAUUUCGAUUAAUGACCCCUUGACACGCAUUGAAUUUAAAGCUUUCGGUCGAUCAUUAGCAAUUAAAAUCAGAGUUUCCAUCCAAUAACCAACUUGUAAUUCCUGCUGGUUAGAAUCAAGUCGCUUAUACGCUUUAUAUGAAAUACUUGUGCCACGGAACUCAAGUUAUAAAGGGAUAUACACGACAUGUAAUAAAGUUAAUGACCCCUAAACACGCAUUGGAAGCCCUUGGUCGGUCGUUCGCAAUUCCAAAUAAGACAUUCUAUCCAAUUGACCAACUUCAAAAACUUGCAUAUUACUUUGCACUUCUCUCCCAGCUGAUUAGGAUUAAGUUGCCCCGAACCCCUAAAAUUGAAAUCGUUAGCACAGUGAAUUAUUGAUGGGCAUAGGUAUUGCUGUACGUAUAUACGUAUAGACUUGUCUAGUUACUCCGUUGUGACAGCUUUAUCUCGAGUUUCCCUCCCUGCUGUUUCACAGCAGCUUUUAGCUACGCUAAAGAAAAUGCGCCCUUCUUCAAAAAAGGGUCCGUCAAACUAUGGCGUGAUGCGCAUCUGAAAAAUUAAGCCUUUAUUUAAACUGCACGAGCUGGGACCACUUCAAUGCCGUCGUUCAUCCGGUCAAUAAAUGAUAGAAUUUAAUUGGGAAAAACUGGCAAAUAAAAAAGUAUUUGAUGUCCCCUGUAUCCUUUGAAUCAAUUCCAGUCACUGCAUACUGGGCGUCACUAAAAUUUAAAUACUUUGUAGGAGUUCUCAAAAAUAUUACGUGACUUAUAUACCGCGUGUUUAUAAGGUAUCGUUGCAUUGGAAUUUUAAAAGUGUACCUACUAACUUUUCUCUAUACUCACGAUUGUCAUUAACGUGUUUAUUUCUAAAUUUGCUGAGAUUGUUUCUUUGUCUAUCUACAUAGCGCAGAAUUAUUGGGAAACUGAAAGACAACUAUUUUGGUGUGUCUUAACACUUAGACAAAAUCUAUUUGAUGGGUCAUACAGUUGAAGAGCUGUUUACAGUUACGGGCAAAUAUACAGUGUGAACAGCAACCCUACGUUAGGAAUUGUCAAGCCUUAAUUUCCAGGGUCAACGGGUGACAGGAUUUCGCGAACCAAAUUACCUAACCCCUACUUGAACACUCGGAUCUACGACUCUUAUUUAGACACAACCUUACAAGUGACACAAUUUCCCUCCAUUCCGAUACCUUUCAAGUACAACUGGAUAAACUGUUUUUCAUAGGCCUAAUGCAUGCAACUGUUUGUUUAAAUUCUCCGUAUUUAUUUUUCUUCAGCAUGUAUCACUGGCACAUGCACACGUAUUAAACUGACAUAUAACCACAGCAUUUUCCGUUUACGUUGUGUUAUGUACAAUAAAUAUAGAAAAAGUGUAGAAUGUGGAUAGCCCUGUUAGACUGAAAAGAAUGGCACUGUAGAAAAAGUAGGCAAUAAUAUACACUAGUUGGCAGCCUAUUUAUUGCGGAGACAAGUAUUAGGACAUGAGUCAGGUUUUGAUUCUGCGGGAUUAUGUAAACUAUUUGAUGUGAGACAUCUUGUUAAGAGGUUUAUUUUCCAUCUCUCCAUUCUUAAAACUUUUAGAUGCAGACUGCCAUGCUUUUACAACAGUGAUGCAAAGAUGCAUCCUUGACAAAGUUGACAUAGGCCUAUCAGCCACAGUUAGUCAAAUGACCCCUAUGUGUGUGUGUAUUGUGGCAAAUCAAGUGGAAGGAAUUUUUGACUGUGAAUGUUGCAGCGGUUGUUAAGGAAGAUAGUUGACGGCCAGAUACGGAACUCUUUCCAACAGUACCCCUAGAAUUAUGACUUUCAUCACUUCAGGUCCAUGAGACUUGAAAGCCUCAUUGUAGGGAGGCAGGGCAACACACCCACGAUGUAGCUUUAUGUGUAAAUGGUGUACGUACGAUGAUAAAACAGUGAGCAGGCCACAGAAUCAUCAUACAAAUAUCAACAGCCUACCGUGGUGCGAGUAUUAAUUGCACCGACUAGAGCCAGUACAAUAAUACGCAUCGAAGCACCCUGAAAUAUGAAUAUAGGGCCCUACACACGACUCCUUUUUCAAUUUUAUUCAGCAAGACCAGGCCUACCGCUUACCUCUCAGACUGAGGCAUCUGACACCCCCUACACUAUACUGCUGUUACAAACGGUAUUUUACGACGUAGACUUCUCAAAGAUUUUCAGAUGUGCGAGUCUCCAUUCUGACCACGUCAAGAACAAAAGCACUCUUCAUUGUGAUUCUUGGACAAAACUCACCCUUACAAAACAUUCCAAUUAGAGCCUUAUUUCUAAUGUAAUCAUGGUCUCAGAGGACCAACAUCAGAUCAAAUAUUUUCAUUGUCUUUUCAAUGUUUUUUACAGCAGAGAUAGACAAGGUACCCAUGACAUUUAUAUAACUAUAUAUCAAUAACGAUCUGAAAAAGUCAACUGUGCAGGAAGAUUUUGCAUAGUUUGACUGGAUUUCAAAAAUGUCUUGUUUGAUAUUUCUGUUUAGUAGGCUACACGAUACGCGUUUAGUUUGGGUGGGUUUGGGGGGACUUUGUUGGGUUUUUUUCGUUGUUUUUUGAUUUUUCUUUUUCGAGUUCAGUGUUUUUCUGCAGAGUUGGAGUGAUGGUCCGGAAAACAUGCCUAAUAUUACAAAGAAAUAACAAGGAAGACGAGACUCCAAAGUACAAAAUGAACGAACACGAAAUCAGUGGCAGGAUACUUUUAGAAUCAACUGAGAAUUUAUGUCCACAAGAUCAUUUGACUUUAAAAAAUAACUUCUAGGCCUUGCCUACACUGAGUUUACUCUAAAUGAAAUAAAGGAACCUUUAUAUCA